AUGGAAACGGUGGUUGUUGCGCUGAGGUUUUGUUUCCUAUAUUUGUUGAACUAUCCGCAUCUUCAGCAGAAAAUUCACAAAGAAGUCGACGACACCAUUGGUCCGGAAAAAGAUGUGACGAUGGAAGACCAAAAGUUCCUGCCGUACACCUGUGCUUUCCUACAAGAAAUCUAUCGGGCGGGAUAUGUGCUCCAUGUGAAUUUUCCACGGGUCACGUUGAAGGAUGUGAAUUGUGAAGGUGGAUACAAACUUCGAUGUGGGACUAGAGUUAUUCCACAAUUUCCUUCUGUUCACAUGGACGAAACUAUCUAUCCCAGGCCUGAGCUGGUUAUUCCAGAGCGACAUCUCAAGCACGGUCAGUUCAUCAGAGACGAUCGCAUCACACCAUUUUCGGUAGGGAAAAGGGCAUGUCUCGGUGAAAACCUCGCUAGAAUGGAGAUGUUCAUGUUCUUUACGUCGUUAAUGCAAAAAUUCCGAUUUGAGCCAGAAGGACUCUAUCCACCUGCUCUGGAAACGCAAAUCUCCGCCCUUAGAGCACCAGUGCCAUACAAAAUUCGCGUUAUUGAUAGAAAAAUGUAG